CCAAAGUCGGGGUCAGCAAAUCAAAGCUAGUCAUCUACCGUUACCCAAGACGACCAGAGGGCACUUAUCGUCAUAAGGUAGAUAUUUAUCUCCAAACACCGGGUCAUUGACGGGUCGCCGUGACGUGCGUACGACGCUAAAAAUAGAUCCAAACGAGCUGGGGAAAGAGUCGGUCGCCACAACGCUGGAAACAUGUUCUCCCAAAAGGAAAUGUUCGCGCGGACCUCGGACCUACUGCUUGUCCCCUUCUAUAUCUCAGCGUCCAUUUUCUUCGUCGUUUUUCAACCGCUGUUUAAUGUACCUGAGGAAUCCAUCGUGACCGCCUUCUUCAAAGCACUUCCGGUUUUGUGUCUGGCUGGCUUCGUGUACAAGAAACACCUACACCCAAACGGAACAGACGAUCACUACAUACCUUCAGUGCUCAUUGGUCUCUUAGUGUCGAGUUUGGGCGACGUGUUCAUGCUGUUCCGCUCGUCACUUCUUCCUCUCGGAGUUUUCGUCUUCUCCAUAGCGCAUUUCAUGUACAUCGUUGGACUGAGCGGGAAACAAGACCCGGACAACCGGAAGUCCGUGUACCUCUUUGUGAACCUCCUCGUUGUAAUGUUCCUAGGCUACCACGAAUCAAUUGACUCAAAUUUCACGAAAUUAUCUCUUGUUGCUUAUUUUGCUCUGCUUAUGGCUGUUGGAGCAAUGGCGUCAUGUCGCUACGAGAAGGAAAGAUCUGUUUCUGCUUUAUGGGGAGUACUAGGCGCGGCUAUGUUCGUCUUUUCAGAUACUCUCAUUGUUAUCGAUACAUAUUCUCUUGGCGGAGGAUCCCUUGAGUGUUUGGUUAUGAUUCUCUACUAUGGCGCUCAGUUUAGCUUGGCCAUCAGCACUGUCACCGAAAUCUCACCCGAAGACAAGGAAGCGAAAGAGAAAUAAUUAGUCAUGAUGAUGUUUGUUUACUGAUAGAACUCGCUAGAUCUGUGAAAUUUCUCAUUUGUUCAUUUGAAACAUUCAAGAUUAAGGAAUAAAAUACAUCUCGAUUCUGAA